UGUGAUGUCUCGCAGCUCGCUAACUUUUUUUUUGGAGGUGGAUUGGAAUUUGGAAUUUGUAUUUUUUAAUUCAGAUUUAGAGAUAGAUAGUUGAAAUAAUUAUUAAGGUUCGAUAAAAUAGCUUUUGUUUUGUUGUUGAGUAAUGGAUAUUUAACUUGGAGGUCUAAAUAAAGCGACGACAUGGUUGUCUCACCGCAAAGUCCUGCAAGCGAUAGCCAAAGCGUACAAGCAAAAAAGAUCAAUAUGGCGUCUAAACAAACAUCAGUGGCAGAUACAAGAGCUGAUUUGGCUGAACUAGUAAAAAAAAAAGCUGAGGUCGCUGAAACCUUGGCUAACUUGGAGCGCCAAAUAUAUGCAUUCGAGGGAUCAUAUCUAGAGGACACUCAACUGUAUGGAAAUAUCAUUCGUGGAUGGGACAGAUAUCUGACAACAAACAAGAGUACUAACUCAAAAGCAGACAAACGGAAUAGGAAGUUCAAAGAGGCCGAAAGAUUAUUCUCAAAGUCUUCCAUUACAUCUAUGGCUGCAGUAAGUGGUCUUGUGGACCCUGCAGAAGCUAAAAAUGAAAGAAACAGUGAAACAGAAUCUCAGACUAAUGAGGAUUCUUCAGACACACAGAUAAGCACCAGCCUAAGCAUGGGAGCUUUGAACCAUACAACAAUACAUGGAUCCACAGAAAGUAUUGCAUCUAAACCUUCAGGAAAACUACACACCAAUGGCAGUAUUGAGAAAAGCAUCAGCAGUGCACUUCUUAAACAAAAUGUUGUACAAAAGCUUUCAUCACAAUCAAAUAUGCUUCAAAAAUCUUUUGGGAAUGACAAUAAGAUGUUAUCUGCCGUUGGAUUAGACAGUAGACCAAGCACUCCAAAGGAUAAAGAUAGUGGAAUUGGAUUGAUUAACAAAGGUGACACUACACCAAAUUCAUUGAAACAUAAGCUAUCCAACAGUAGCAAUAACAGCAAUAUCAAAAAAAGCAACAAUAAAAAAGCAAGACAUAGAUAAAUAAAUAUUUGAAGUGUUGAGCCUCAAUAGCUCAACGGUAAGAGUGGUCGGACUAAUCACCCAGGGGUUCGAUCCCUAUCCCGUUGGUCUAUUGUUGUACCCACUCCUAAUACAGUCCUUCCAGACUUGUUCAGACAGACAGAGUUUGAGGAGAAUGGGAAUGUUGGUCAUAUUUAAAAGUUAUGGCAAAUUAAAAUAAAAAAUAGUAACUGUAAUUAUUACCAGUUACUAAUUACUACGAAAAAUAUUAUUUACUAUCAGCAGAGCCUACAACUUACUAAUGGAAUGUCAUUUAUGAUCAAUAAAAUUACAUUACAAUUA